UGUUUCGGACGCGGUCGUGUUCGUAUAUGGUUGCCGCAUGCUUUUUUCUCGUAUUGCCUCGCGUGAACGUGUACACAUUUUUGUUGGACGUAUCGGAGGUGACAUAGAUUUCGGACGAUGUGCGUGGUCAAGUGACGGUACGCGGAUUUUAUACUGAAGUGCACCGAAGUGUUGGUUCUUUCUAGUGUGUGCGCCCGGGUCCCGAUGAGUGUGUGUCUACUCGAUGUGUGUGGAUAAAAUUCACGGCAUCAUGUUGCCACAACGAAAAUUGGAUUACGCAUCGAUGGCGUAUUUUCUUCUGCCUCUGCUCAUCCUUGUUUUCUUUCCUGCGGUGUCCGGUUUCGUGUCGUGUUCGCCGAGCCCCUGCAAAAACGAAGGAGUUUGCGUAUCAUCACCACGCGGCGAGUCGCAUUGCAAAUGCACGUCGAAAUACGUGGGGGAAUACUGUCAACAUCUGAACCCGUGUCACACGGGACCACGCUGUCAGAACGGUGGUUCGUGCAGGGUGAAGGAAAGUAGCGGGGGUGGUACACCUUCGUUUACCUGUUCCUGUCCUGUCGGAUUUACCGCGAGCCUGUGCGAGAUACCCAUCGAGAACGCGUGCGACUCAUCUCCGUGUUUGAACGGUGCCACUUGCAAUCUGAAAUCGCUCCGUGAAUACGUUUGCACCUGUGCCACUGGAUAUACCGGCGAGCACUGCGAACGACAAGACCACUGCGCCUCGUCGCCUUGUCGAAACGGGGCCGAGUGUCUGUCGCUGGAGGACAGCUACAAGUGCACGUGUGCACCCGGCUUUACGGGGCCGAAUUGCGCGGACGACAUCGACGAAUGCGACAGGAACCCGUGCAGACACGGCUCCUGCAAGAACAUUCACGGAUCGUACAAAUGCAUGUGCUCGAGCGGAUACACUGGCCAAAAUUGCGAGAACGAGUAUAUUCCCUGCGACCCAUCGCCGUGUAAAAAUGGAGGCACGUGUCAUCAGAUCGACGGUUUGGAUUACCAGUGCAUCUGUCCCGAGGGUUUCCGCGGAGAUCAGUGCGAGGAGAAUAUCGACGACUGUCCUGGAAAUUUGUGCCAAAACGGUGCAACCUGCAUGGACAGGAUAAAUGAGUACUCGUGCCUAUGUCCUCCGUCGUACACAGGCACGCAGUGCGAACUGGACGUGGACGAGUGCUCGGUUCGGCCUUCGUUGUGCCACAACGGUGCCACGUGUACCAAUUCACCCGGUAGCUACUCGUGCAUAUGCGUGAAUGGCUGGACCGGGCCUGACUGCAGCGUCAACAUCGACGACUGCGCAGGUGCUGCCUGCUUCAACGGGGCUACCUGCAUCGAUCGUGUUGGCAGCUUUUACUGUCAAUGCACCUACGGGAAGACCGGAUUGCUCUGCCAUCUCGACGAUGCUUGCACCUCAAAUCCCUGUCACGAGGGUGCGAUCUGCGAUACCAGUCCCAUCAAUGGAUCGUUCGCGUGUUCCUGUGCAACCGGAUAUAAGGGUGUAGACUGCUCGGAGGACAUCGACGAGUGCGAGCAAGGAUCCCCUUGUGAACACGAUGGUAUUUGCGUAAACACACCUGGCUCUUUCGCCUGCAACUGUGCACAAGGAUUCACGGGACCGAGAUGCGAGACAAACGUGAACGAGUGCGAGUCCCAUCCCUGUCAGAACGACGGCUCGUGUCUGGACGAUCCUGGAACCUUUCGUUGCGUCUGCAUGCCUGGUUUCACUGGCACCCAGUGCGAGAUCGAUAUAGACGAAUGCGCGGCAAAGCCAUGCCUGAACAGAGGCGUCUGCACCGACCUGAUCAAUUCCUUUAAAUGCAACUGUGCCAACGGAUUUGCUGGUUCUCACUGUCAAAUCAAUAUAGACGACUGCGCCUCGUCACCGUGCAAGAACGGCGGCAUCUGUCAGGAUUCUAUAGCCAAGUACACGUGCGACUGCCCGCCAGGAUUCACUGGAGCAUCCUGCGAAACCAACAUCAACGACUGCCAAUCCAAUCCUUGUCACAGCGGCACUUGCAUCGAUGGCGAGAACAGCUUCAGCUGCAAUUGCUUCCCAGGAUUCACCGGCAAACUGUGUCAGACGCAGAUCGACGAGUGCGAGAGCAAUCCUUGCCAAUUUGGAGGAAGGUGCGAAGACCGUAUUAAUGGUUACCAAUGUAUUUGUAGACCUGGCACGUCUGGAACAAACUGCGAGGUGAACGUGAACGAAUGUUAUAGCAAUCCAUGUAGAAACGGAGCCAAGUGUAUCGACGGGAUCAAUAGAUACUCGUGCGAGUGCGAGCCGGGAUUCACCGGUCAACACUGUGAAACGGAUAUCAACGAGUGCGCCAGCAAUCCCUGCGCCAACGGCGGACGGUGCAUAGAUUUGAUAAAUGGCUUCCGGUGCGAUUGUCCUCGCGGUUACUACGACGCUAGAUGUUUAAGCGACGUGGACGAAUGCGCCAGCAAUCCUUGCGUGAACGGUGGCACUUGCGAGGACGGUGUCAACCAGUUUAUCUGCCACUGUUUGCCCGGUUAUGGAGGCAAGAGAUGCGAGGCGGACAUCGACGAAUGUGGCUCGAAUCCUUGCCAACACGGUGGCACUUGCAACGACCAUCUGAAUGGAUACAGCUGCAAGUGCCUGGCUGGAUACGCUGGUACUAAUUGCGAGACAAAUAUCGACGAUUGCGCGGACAAUCCUUGCCAGAACGGCGGCUCUUGCAUCGACCUCGUCAACGAUUAUAAAUGCGUUUGCGAAUUGCCGCACACGGGGAGAAACUGCGAGGACAAGCUAGAUCCCUGUUCACCUAACAAAUGUCUUCAUGGCGCCAAGUGUUCACCGUCCUCAAAUUUCCUCGAUUUCGCCUGUACUUGCACGGUCGGUUACACUGGCAGACUCUGCGACGAGGACGUCGACGAGUGUGUAAUGACCUCUCCAUGCAGAAACGGCGCUACCUGCAGAAACACCAAUGGCUCGUACCAGUGCCUUUGCGCAAAAGGCUACGAAGGUCGGGAUUGUAUCAUUAACACCGAUGACUGCGCUUCCUUUCCCUGUCAGAAUGGCGGCACUUGUUUGGACGGUAUCGGCGACUAUACCUGUCUCUGCGUAGAUGGUUUCAGUGGCAAACACUGCGAGAUCGAUGUAGACGAAUGUUUGUCACAACCAUGUCAAAACGGUGCAAUCUGCAAAGAAUACGUAAACUCGUACACUUGCCAAUGCCAACUCGGAUUCUCCGGUAUUAAUUGCCAAACCAACGACGAAGAUUGCACCGACAGUAGCUGCAUGAAUGGCGGUAAAUGCAUCGACGGCAUCAACAACUAUACCUGUGUAUGCAAACCCGGUUACACCGGUUCAAACUGCCAGUAUCGUAUCAACGAAUGCGACAGUUUGCCCUGUCUGAAUGGAGCCACCUGUCACGACCACGUCCAGUAUUACACUUGCCACUGCCCUUACGGAUAUACCGGAGCCAGAUGCGAUCAGUAUGUCGAUUGGUGUGCGGAUAAUCCUUGCGAGAACCAGGCCACCUGCGUCCAGCACAAAAAUAAGUACCAAUGUAAUUGUUCUCCUGGCUGGACCGGUAAAGUCUGCGAUGUUGAGAUGGUUUCUUGCAAAGACGCGGCUAUAAGGAAAGGAGUGCCGGAGAAAAACCUGUGUAAUAACGGUACUUGCGAGGACAUAGGCAAUAGUCACCGUUGUCACUGCCUAGAAGGAUACACAGGUUCUUAUUGUCAAGAAGAAGUCAACGAGUGUGACUCUGCCCCGUGUCAAAACGGUGCUACUUGCAAGGAUCUCGUCGGAUCUUAUCAGUGUCAGUGUACGAAAGGUUUCCAAGGGCAGAAUUGCGAGCUUAACGUGGACGAUUGCAGGCCUAAUCCUUGCCAGAACGGCGGCACGUGUCACGAUCUGAUCAGUAACUUCAGUUGCUCCUGUCCUCCUGGUACUUUAGGCUUCAUAUGCGAGCUGAACGUGGACGACUGUGCUGUCGGCACCUGCCACAACAACGGUACCUGUACCGACAAAGUCGGCGGAUUCGAAUGCAAAUGCCCUCCAGGCUUCGUGGGACCUAGAUGCGAGGGCGAUAUCAACGAGUGUUUGUCCAAUCCCUGUUCUUCGCCAGGCACUCAGGAUUGUGUGCAAUUAGUCAACAACUAUCACUGCAACUGCAAACCUGGCUACAUGGGACGCCACUGCGAGGUGAAAGUGAACUUCUGCGACAGCUCACCGUGUCAAAAUGGAGGCGUUUGCACCGCGAAGCAAGCUGGACACACCUGUCUCUGCCCUAGUGACUAUUACGGAAACAAUUGCGAAUUCGCCGGCUCCUAUUGCGACAGAGAGCCCUGCUUGAAUGGCGGUACUUGCAGAGUGGCCGAAACCGACGUUGGAUACAGAUGUUAUUGUCCCCCUGGAACGACCGGAACACACUGCGAGAUAGACGCCAGAGACGAAUGCGCCAGUAAUCCGUGCCAACAGUCCAAUGCCGUUUGCAAAAAUCUUCUUGGCGAUUACGCUUGCGAUUGCCCACCCAAGUGGACCGGUAAGAACUGCGAAAUUUACGAUCCUAACUACGGAGGAGGUAUCUUUGGCAGUCCGAGCUCGAACAUCCCGAAAACCAUGAACGCGUAUGAUCUUGAUUUGGAAUUGGAGAGAAAAAAAUGCAUUGAGAACAGAUGCGAGGAGAAGUCUGGUAACCACCAUUGUGACGAGGAAUGUAACAGAUACGCUUGCAACUUCGACGGAAAUGACUGUUCCUUGGGCAUUAAUCCGUGGCGUAAUUGCACCGCUCCCAUCAACUGUUGGGACGUUUUCAUGAACGACGUUUGCGACGAGGUUUGCAACAAUGCCCAGUGUUUGUUCGAUGGAAGGGACUGCGAAAGGAAAUUGGCACCGUGCAAUCCUAUCUAUGACGCUUACUGUCGCAAACACUACGCCAACGGGCACUGCGAUUAUGGCUGCAACAACGAGGAAUGUAACUGGGACGGUCUGGAUUGUGACAGGGAACCGCCAUCAUUGGCAGAAGGUGUGAUUUCAGUAGUGGUAAGGAUGGACAUGCAGACAUUCCGCUCCAACGUGGUCGCAUUUCUCAGAGACAUCGGUCACGAAUUAAGAACCACUUUAAGAGUAAAGCAAGACGAACUCGGCAACGACAUGAUAUAUCCCUGGAAGAGAGAAAGAGACCCCGGUAUGCACACCAACUUCUUUGGUCGACCGACCACCAUCUACACCAACACGCAAAGUGGUGUAAUCGCCUAUUUGGAGAUCGACAACAGAAAAUGUACCGUUACUCAAGGAGCAGUGUGUUUCCCAUCGGCCAACGAAGCGGCAGAAUAUCUGGCAGCCACCGCGUCCAAACACUCCUUAUCUCGCAACUUCCCGAUCGAACAAGUCCGAGGGGUGGUGGGCCCACAGGGUCCAGAGUACCCGGACGCUCCGACCAACUACAAGUACGUUUUCAUCGGUAUCGUGAUCGUGGUACUUGGAGGAUUGUUGGUCGGUGUGCUGGUCACGGCGCAAAGGAAACGAGCAGUGGGCGUCACUUGGUUCCCAGAAGGUUUUUUACGCACCAACAGUGGAAGCGGGCAGCGUCGUAGAUCAAGAAGACGAGGUCCAGAUGGCCAAGAAAUGAGAAACUUGAACAAACAACCAUCGGUGAAUUGCAUGGAUCUUGAUGUAGGGAAUGGACGGGCGCAACAAUGGUCGGACGACGAGUCAGAUUUACCACCUUCGAAGAGGAUGAGGGCUAUAGAACCUGGAUACGCCAGCGAUCACACCGCCAUUACGGAUUACGAGGAGACGGAGCCUCGAAUGUGGACUCAGCAGCAUUUGGACGCCGCGGAGAUUCGUAGACCGGACGCCGGAGUUUUGACACCGCCUAGUCUCGAACAUGGCCAAGACGUGGACGCCAGAGGACCUUGUGGGAUGACACCGUUGAUGGUCGCUGCUGUACGAGGUGGAGGAUUAGAUACCGGGGAAGAGGAGGACGAGAGCGACGGAACGGCGGCCGUGAUUGCCGAUCUAGUUGCACAGGGCGCAGAUUUGAACGCCACCACGGAUAAGAGUGGCGAAACGUCUCUUCACCUGGCGGCAAGGUACGCCAGAGCUGACGCGGCCAAGAGGCUCCUUGACGCUGGCGCGGAUGCCAACUCUCAGGACAAUACCGGUAGAACGCCUCUUCAUUCUGCCGUCGCCGCCGAUGCGAUGGGAGUCUUCCAAAUACUGUUGAGGAACAGAGCAACGAAUCUGAACGCUCGUAUGCACGAUGGAACCACGCCACUGAUUCUGGCCGCUCGUCUCGCCACCGAGGGAAUGGUGGAGGAUCUCAUUAACGCUGACGCCGAUAUCAACGCAGCCGACAACAGUGGUAAAACGGCGCUCCAUUGGGCUGCAGCAGUUAACAAUGUGGACGCUGUCAACAUACUUCUGGUCCACGGCGCGAAUAGGGACGCGCAAGACGACAAGGACGAAACGCCGUUGUUCCUUGCCGCCAGGGAAGGCAGCUUCGAAGCGUGUAAAGCGUUGCUCGAUACUUUCGCCAAUAGAGAGAUAACCGAUCACAUGGAUCGAUUGCCGAGAGACGUGGCCAGCGAGAGAUUACAUCAUGAUAUCGUUAGAUUACUGGACGAGCAUGUACCCAGGUCGCCACAGAUGGUGAAUGUGAUACCAAACGGUCCUCUCAUGGGCUCGCCAAAUCACCCACAACUUAUAACGCAUCCCACAGUGAUCGGCUCCGCUCCGAAGCAAGCGAAAUCGAAGAAGCGGCCAAAAGCUGGCACCACGGGGAAUCCAAACAGUCCGGAGUCGGAGGGCGGUGUAGUGGUGGUAAGGCGAAAACCAUCGGUGAAGAAGCCGCCGGCGAAACGCGGUGCCCAACCCCCAAACCAGGAGAUUCCCCAGGGAGCCGAGGGAGCUGAGGGAAAUUUACCGAGUCCUUACGACAGCGCGAGUUUGUACAGCAACGCGCUUCCGUUAGUGAGUCACACGGCAACGGCCAAGCAACCGCCGCCGUACGAAGACUGCAUAAAAGGCCAGUCCAUGCAGGGCCUUCAACAGUUGGGCCUCGACACGUUCACGACCAAUUACGGGUUACCUAAUUUUCACGACCAACUGUUAGCGUCGCACCAACGACAAGCGCAAGGAAUGGUGAACACGCUGUCGCCGCCUUACAGCAAUCAGUCACCGCCACACUCGGUGCAAUCGAACAUGACACUAUCGCCACAGGCGAGCUACAUGGGCUCGCCGUCUCCGGCAAAGAGUAGGCCGUCAUUGCCUACUUCGCCAACUCACAUCGCCGCUAUGAGACAAGCGACGCAUCAAAAGCACGGUGGCAUGCCACCGGUGGGAUUCGACUUUGAGAAUCUUCCCUAUUCGUCGAGUCAACAACAGCAACAGCAACAACAGCAAAUGCAACAAACACAGCAACAGAUCCAGCAGCAGCAGCAGCAACAGCAGCAACAGCAGCAGCAGCAGCAGCAGCAACAACAACAACAGAGCACACAGCAGCAGCAGCAGCAGCAGCAACAGCAGCAGCAACAGCAGCAGCAGCAGCAACAACAAACUCAGCAAUACUACCAGUACUUGACGCCCCCUUCCCAUCAUUCUGGACCAGACGUAACACCGCAGCAUUUAAUGCAAGCGCCCGAGAGCUUCCCCACCCCUUCGCCGGAUAGUCCGGGUCACUGGUCUUCCAGUUCGCCGCACUCCAACAGUGACUGGUCUGAAUGCAUGGCGUCGCCAAACGCGUACGGUGCUGGAGCCACCCACCAAAGUAACAAGGGCUCCGAGGCGAUCUACAUAUGAAGU